CUUGCUUCCGUGUUUGUGUGAUCAGGGAGUGCACAGCCGGGGAAGCUUCACUGUCUCCACGGUUUCAUUCAUUUUGGAAGAGUAACGUUAAGCAAGUGACCAGCAGGGAAAAUGCCGCUUGAACUGAAACAUGUAUUCGCCAGUCUCCCGCAGAUGGAGAGGGGAGUUGCGAAAGUGAUUGGUGGCGAUCCCAAAGGCAACAACUUCCUGUAUACUAAUGGGAAGUGUGUCAUCAUCAGGAACAUUGAAAACCCGGCUAUAGCAGACAUUUACACUGAACAUGCUCAUCAGGUUACUGUUGCCAAGUAUGCUCCCAGUGGAUUCUACAUUGCAUCUGGAGAUGCGUCAGGAAAGAUCCGUAUCUGGGACACCACCCAGAAGGAGCAUCUGCUCAAGUACGAGUACACCCCUAUUUCAGGCAGGGUCAAGGACAUCGCAUGGACAGAGGAUAGCAAGAGGAUUGCUGUUGUUGGUGACGGACGAGAGAAGUUUGGGGCAGUGUUCCUGUGGGACUCUGGGUCCUCAGUGGGAGAAGUUUCCGGCCACUCCAAGUUAAUCAACAGUGUAGACAUACGUCAGAAACGCCCGUACCGUCUUGCCGCUGCCAGUGAUGACACCUGUGGUUCCUUCUUCGAGGGCCCUCCCUUCAAGUUCAAGUUCACAUUGCGUGACCACAGCCAGUUCGUCAACUGUGUCCGUUUCUCUCCAGACGGAAGUCGGUUUGCCACAGCAGGUGCUGAUGGCCAGAUUUUCGUCUAUGAUGGAACAAAUGGGGAGCGUGUUAGCUCACUGGGUGGGGAGAAGGCCCACAAAGGAGGAAUCUAUGCUAUCAGCUGGAGCCCUGACAGCUCCCAACUGAUCUCUGCCUCAGGGGACAAGACUGUCAAGCUCUGGGAUGUUGGUGCAGGUACAGCUGUUACCACCUUCAACCUGGGCACUGAAGUGACAGACCAGCAGCUGGGAUGCCUGUGGCAGAAUGACCACCUCCUCAGCAUCUCCUUGUCAGGAUUCAUUAACUACCUGGACAAGAACAACCCUGACCGGCCCAUCCGCACCAUCAAGGGUCACAGCAAAUCCAUCCAAUGUCUGACGGUUCACAAAAAUGAAGGCCGAACCUACAUCUACUCGGGAAGUCACGAUGGACACAUCAAUUACUGGGAUGCAGAAACUGGGGAGAACGAUUGCUUCUCGGGAAAGGGCCACAGCAACCAGGUGAGCAAAAUGGUGACUGACAAUGACAACGAGCUGGUGACGUGCAGCAUGGAUGAUACACUGCGCUACAUCAACAUCGGCAAGAAGGAGUACAGUGCCUCUGAUGUGGUGAAGAUGGAUUUCCAGCCUAAAAGUGUGUCAGCAGCAGCAGGAGGGCUGUCACUGGCUGUGUGCAUUGGACAGGUUGUCUUGCUGAAGGAUAAGAAGAAAGUCUUCACAUUGGAUAAUCUCGGCUAUGAGCCAGAGGUCGGAGUUAUCCACCCCGGGGGCUCCACUGCUGCAGUGGGGGGAGCAGAUGGGAUCAUUCGUCUGUACUCUAUUCAGGGCAACACUCUGAAGGACGAGGGUAAAACCAUGGAGGCUAAAGGGGCGAUCACGGACAUGGCCUACUCCAAUGAUGGAGCCUAUCUGGCUACCAUAGAUGACAAGAAAGUUGCCACAGUCUUUAUUGUGGCAGAUGGCUACUCUGUCAAAAAUGAGUUCUACGGACACCAUGCAAAACCAGUGACCAUGGCCUGGUCACCUGAUAAUGAGCACUUUGCGACUGGUGGGAUGGACAUGAUGGUGUUUAUCUGGACGGUUAAUGAUCCUGACAAGAGGAUUAAGCUUCCAGACGCUCACAGGUUGCACCAUGUCAGCGGCCUGGCCUGGAUAGAUGAGCACACUGUAGUCACCACCUCCCACGACGGCAGCAUCAAGCAGUGGACUGUUUCAGAAUGAGCUGCUUGCAGACGAACAUCCACAUCUCCAGGGACAAGGACUACUGUAGAAAUCAGUCUUUCUUUCUUUUUUUUUCUUUUUUUUUUUUUACUGUAUUUUCACUCUCUAAACGGUGUUCUAUGCUGUCUGUAAACAUCUGAAUUGUAAAUGGUCAAGGCUGGGAAAAGCUCCCAUAAAAUUAUCCAAGAUCUGUCUCUUUGUUGCAAAUCACUAACUUAAACGAAAGACACUGAGACAAAAUGUUGAAGUAUACAAUGUAACCAUGAGUGCUUUUACAUCUCUUUGAGCGUUAUGGACCCAGAAACAUAUUUGUAAGCUCAACAUUCCAUAGGCGAUAGCCUUUAAACUGAAAUCCUUGUCUGUGGUUGGGCUCAAUGCACCCUAACUUAACGGAUGAACCAAAAGUUAGUUGUUUUUUUAAAUCAACAAAAUGAUGUUUGAAAGAAAUGAAAUCUUUUGGUUACAUUCCUGAAAUGAGAAGUAACUAGUCCUAACUGUUGUUGCCUGUCACUUUUUAUUUUCAAGGUUUUAAGGGGGUGGGUGUCUUUGCUUUUGCUUUCUUAGGUGUACUUUCUGUGAGCACUUACUGUUGGACUGGGGAGCAUUAAUAGGAACUGAAAGAACAAAAUUCAUAUACAAUCAAGAUGCUGUCGAUUCAAUUGAAGGUCCUGUAUUGUUGCUGUGCUUUUUGUUUGGGCCCACUUUUCUUGUCUCACUUUUUUUUCAUGUCUUCAUGCAUCAGCUUCCAAAGUGGAAGUGAUUCAUUAAUAAUAAUGAUAAUAAUAAAAAACUUUUUAUGCAUUUUCCUGUUUGUGCUGAUUUGCACUGUUUCGGCUUGUCAAACGCAUUUAUGUGCAAAUUGUUAAAUUGCAAUCUUCAAAACAGUGUCGCAGCAUUCAGGUGCACACUGACUAUAACAUACUGUAAAAACCACUGAACUGUAGGUGUUCCCAGAUGAGACAAGACUGAGAGGAGCAGGUGAGAAAGCCUUUUCUAAACCAAAAAUAAAUAAAAUACUGUUUUCAAGGACUUUCCUGUGACUACAUUAGUAAAUUUGCCAUUAUGUAACUGAUGUACCUUAUUGACCAUGAGGCAUUGUCACAUUGUCCUUUUUCAUUUUUGUCUCGCUUCAUUGUAAACUGUCUAAAUAAAGGAAACAUGAUUGGGGGAAAAGUA